AUGAAGGCUACGUUUAUGCAAGAUAAAAAAUACCGCGAGGCCAUCGGCAAGUACCACCGCGCGUUGCUGGAAAUGAAGGGUCUGUGUCGCGUGCUGGGGGACCCUGACACCAGCAAGUCCCCCUCCACCGUCCUGACCAGCAUCAGCAAGUCCAGCCUGACAGACGAGCAGAAAGGCGCGGUGGAGAACGCGGAGCUGGAGUGCUACAACAGCCUGGCAGCAUGUCUGUUGCAGAUGGAGCUAGUGAAUUAUGAACGAGUGAAAGAGUACUGUCUGAAGGUUUUGAGAAAGGAGGGCGAGAAUUUUAAAGCCCUGUAUCGCUCUGGUGUGGCAUAUUAUCAUCUGGGAGACUUCAACAAAGCCCUGCACUACCUGAAGGAGUCACACAAACAGCAGCCCACAGACACAAACGUCAUCCGCUACAUCCAGCUCACGGAAAUGAAGAUUCGACGAAAUGCCCAGAGAGAGAAAUCAGAAGUUCCGUAAAAACAGCAGCUCCCGCUCGAAUAGCUUUCCACUGCGGACACCCCACACUUCCCUCAUCGCACUCUCUGUGGACGAGGUUCAGCAUUUCACGGAAGACUUUAUUCCAGUGCGGGUCAACACACCUGUCUCAGUCCUGUCAGAAACAGUCUCUGGCUCAGACUGAAGAGCUGAAUCAGGUGUGCUGUGCCCUGCUGUAGACAGUGGAGACCAUGGAUGGAGACCACCAGGGAUCUCAAUGGCAUUUAUUAUGCUUUUUGAAGUACAGUAGUGCUGUCAAAAUGUUUGCUUUUAUUCCUCGGUUGCAUUUAAGUGAAAAACUAACAGAUGUAUGUCUCUCAAAGUGGUUGUGGUCUGAAGUUGUGCUCCACAGAACACCCUCAGAUCAUUUUGUGGCUGGUGAAACAUAGUUUACAUAUUCCUGCAGCUUUUUCAUUUGCAUAUUGUUUCCAGAUCAUGACAAAGAUGUUUUUAUUAGAGAUUCCGAAGCAGUUCUGCUGGAAACACAUGAAGCUCCUUCAUUUGAAGUGCAGUUAAGUGGCACUACCAGUGAAACCGAUGCCAAUCAUAUACAACCUACUCUUCACUUAACACCCACAUUCAAAUCGCAGUGGGAAAGAUCUCACACGCAGAGAGUGGGCUUAAGUGUACACACACACACACACACACACACACACUCAGUGGGCAUGAGUGUAAGCAUGUGAAUCAAGCACAGUCUGACACGCAUACAAAAGCAUGUAGGAGUAAAAUAAACUGG